AUAUAUAAUUUUAAAUUGUAAAAAUGCUCUUGGCGCGUCUGUCGCAUGUCCUGCCGAAACGCUCGACAUGUUUGUUAUUCAGAUCUUCCAUUAAUGGACCCGGAUUAUGGAAGUCAACGAUGCAGUCAACCAGAGGCAGAUCAUUCAAUUCAUUGAAAAACAAAUCGGUGCUGCCAACUCGUCCCAAUUUCAGGCGAAAUUUCGCAGAAGAUUCGCAGAAUCGGAACCGAUCGCAUCUGGAGCAACGCACAAAAGGACCUUCACUAAAGGACAGACUGAUGGGUCCGCCCAGUGAAAAUGCCUAUUCCAUGGGAAAGGGAGCUGCAGCUGGAGCUGCUCUAAUGGGUCUCGUGGCACUCUGCUACUACGGCCUGGGUCUGUCGCAACAGCCGAGUCUCUAUGACCACUCGGUGAUGUGGCCACAUUAUGUGAGGGAUCGCAUCCACGCGACCUACGCAUACUUCGGAGCCUCCUGUGCUCUGACUGCCGCCUCGGCGGUGGGAGUAUUCCAGUCGGAGGCGUUGCUCAGUCUGAUCAUGAGCAGUGGCUGGAUCGCGACCCUGGUGACACUCGGUCUGGUCAUGGGCACAGGCGCCUUGACCCAGGCCAUUGAAUAUGAGCCCGGUUUCGGAGUGAAGCAGUUGGCCUGGGCGCUGCACUGUGGCGUCCUGGGAGCCGUUAUUGCUCCCAUGUGCUUCAUGGGCGGUCCGAUUCUGGUCCGAGCUCUGCUCUAUACAGGCGGCAUUGUGGGCGCCCUCUCCACGGUGGCAGCAUGUGCGCCCAGCGAUAAGUUUCUGCAUAUUGGCGGACCCUUAGCUAUUGGAUUGGGCAUUGUAUUCGCCUCAUCCCUGGCCUCCAUGUGGUUGCCACCCACAACAGCGAUCGGUGCUGGCUUGGCCUCUCUAUCGCUAUACGGCGGACUUAUACUGUUCAGCGGAUUUCUACUCUAUGACACACAGCGCAUAGUGAAGGCAGCUGAGAUGCAUCCACAGCACAGUGCCUACAAAUAUGAUCCCAUCAAUCAUGCCAUGGCCAUCUAUAUGGAUGCCUUGAACAUUUUCAUACGCAUAGCGAUAAUAUUGUCAAAUGGCGAUCAGCGCAAGAAAUAGUUCGAGGUGGAUCUGACAUUGCAGAGAGUCAACAUUUCCUACAAAAUUUACCAUUUUCUAAUUUUUAGCAUUUAAUACAUGUUAAAUCGAUGACUGGUUAUUCAGUAGUUUGUCAUGUUCAGUUAAAGAUGAAUCAAAAUUAAUGUUUGGCAGCCAAAUAGAAACCCGUAUAAAACCAUAAA